AUGGACUCGAGCUCUUCACCCUCCUCCUCAUCGAUAUCGUCCUCCCCUGAGCGCAACACGGCAGGGUGGGCGGCGCCGGCAAAGCGGCCCGCGGGGCGCACCAAGUUCCGGGAGACGCGGCACCCGGUGUACCGCGGCGUGCGGCGCCGGGGAAGCGCCGGCCGGUGGGUCUGCGAGGUGCGCGUCCCAGGAAAGCGCGGCGCGCGGCUCUGGCUCGGGACGUACGUCACCGCCGAGGCCGCCGCGCGCACGAAUGACGCCGCCAUGCUCGCCCUCGGCGGCAGCGCCGCCACCGCGUGCCUCAACUUCGCCGACUCCGCCUGGCUGCUCUCCGUGCCGUCCGAGCUCUCCGAUCUCCGCGACGUUCGCCGCGCCGCCGUCGAGGCCGUCGCGGACUUUCAGCGCUGGGAAGCCACCAGCGCCCCCCUUGCCUCCGACAUCGACGCCGAGGAGCACAUAUGUAGCGAUUCUUCAGCACCGUCGUCGUCUGACAAUACCGGUUCAUCGGAGACGUCAGGGGAAUCUUACGCCGAUUCAGAGUUCGAGGUGCCGGUCACACUGGACACCGAUAUGUUCAGCCUUGACAUGUUCCCGGAAAUGGACUUGGGCACGUACUACAUGAGCCUCGCGGAGGCCCUGCUUAUGGACCCGCCGCGGCCGGCCACUGCCACCGCCACCGGCCACUGCCACCGCCACCGGCGCGUACUGGGACAACGUAGACUGCUUUGACGGCGGAGCUGAUGUGGCUCUCUGGAGCUACUAGGC